AUGGGGAAGGAUAAAUCAGUCAAGAAGAACCAACCUACAUCAAAUCCUACGGUGGCGUCUGCAGCCAUUGCUAAACCUCCAAAUUGGCCCCCAUUCAGGCCCCCUCUACCCGUCUUAGAACUUAGCCCAGAAGCUCCCAUCCCAGGAUUGGAAGACAAGAUUAUUCUUGUGAGGAACUUUUGGCCGAAAAAUCUAUGCCGAGACUAUGUCAAUUUUCUUAAGACAUUACCUUUGACCACUACUCCCGGCCGACCAAAACGCGGCGAAGCGUUGAGGGUUAACGACAGGUUCCAGGUUGACGACCCUCGUUUCUCUCAGAGACUCUGGCUUGAAACCGGGCUCAAAGAUGCUCUUCUGGAAGAGUCCGUUAGGCAUCUAUGGGGUGGUGAUGUGGUGGGCUUGAAUCCCAACAUCCGAAUAUAUCGUUACACCAAGGGUCAAUAUUUCGACUGCCACUACGACGAUUUCAAUCUAGUCACUUUACCAUACACCAACGAGUCUCCCGGUACCAUCAGCACUAAAACAACCUGGACAUUGUUACUGUACUUGACCUCGGCCACAGAAGGCUGUGCUGGUGGAGAAACUGUAUUCUACACCCACGAUCGUAAAUCACCAAAAGAAGAAAUUGCUAUUGCCCCAGAAACAGGAUUGCUUCUCCUCCACAAGCACGGUGAUGAUUGCUUAUUGGUAAAUACAGAAACAUCUUUACCCCCCUCUCCUACAGGACCUGCGAGACUAAUGCGCCGGCUCUCAGCAUGA